AUGCAUGCAUCUAUCCGUCCCAUCCCAUUCUCCCCACCCUCGGUUAACCUUUUCUUGCCUCACAGCGCCGGCGACGCCCGCCACCUGUUCGACGGAAUGUCUCCACGGAAGAAGCGCAGCAGUACGCCGCCAGUGAGCGUCACCGACCGCAUUGGCGCCCUCCCCGACAGUAUCCUCCACCACUUGCUCUCCUUCCUCCCAGCGCAGGCCGCCGUUCGGACGUGCGUGCUUGCCCGGCGCUGGCGCCAUCUCUGGAGGUAUACCACGGGCCUGCGCAUCGUCGGCCUGGAGGAGGAGGAGCGGGAUUACGAAGUCAAUGACCUCCAUAAAUUCGUGGAACAUCUGCUGAUACUGCGUGAGCGCACCAACCUAGACACUGUCCAGAUCAAAUUCAGCGAAUUCUGUGAAGAAGAUCAGCCCUGUGUGAACUUGUGGGUCCGUUUUGCUGUGAUGUGCAAAGUUCGGGCGCUCACCCUUCAUAUCAGUUAUGGACGUCUCAACCUAGACGACCUGCCUCUUGUCUCUAGGCAUCUGAGAACAUUAGACCUUGAUGGUGUAGCCCUACAAAAGUUCUUUCUUGAUUUUGCUAGCUGUCCUGCAUUGGAGAAUCUGAAUAUGAGUUAUUGCAGCAUCUUUGCUGGGAAGGUAUCGUCCCGUUCCCUGAAGCAUUUGAGCAUCUAUUACUGCAGCUACGACUUGGAUUGCCGGAUCCAUAUUUCUACUCCGUGCCUUGUCUCUCUGAAAAUCGAUCAUUAUUCUGGUAGAACACCAUUUCUUGAAAACAUGGCGUUGCUAGAGAGUGCACAUGUGUAUCUUGCCAAAUACUGCGAAGAUGCCUGUUUGAACCAUGCCUCUAGUGUUUUCUGUGGAGCUAAUAAUAAUGCAUGUAAGAAUUGUGUUCCUAUUGAAGACGAUCGCAGCAGAGAGUGUGUACUUCUGGGUGGUAUUUCAAGUGCUAAACACCUGAAGUUGCUACCUGAUAAUAGUACGUUCAUUUUCGCAAGAGAUUUAAAACACUGCCCUACAUUUACCAAGUUAAAGACUUUGUUGCUCAAUGAGUACUGGUGCGAGGGUCCUGAUUUGGAUCCGCUAGCUUGCAUUCUGAAAAAUUCACCAGUUCUAGAGAAGCUCACUCUUCAACUUUUUUCCAAGGGACAAACUCAUAAAGUGGAAAUUAAAGGAAGCUACAGUUCAGUUGAGGGACCAACUGCAAUAUCCGAGCACCUUAACAUGGUUGAAGUCAAGUGUAAUGCGGUCGACGAAAAAGUUCUUAAAGUUUUGAAGUUCCUGACUGCAUUUAACAUACGAUUUGGUUUCAUGUAAGGGCAAGAAGAUCUGGGCUGCCGGAGGAUCUGCAAUCACUGGGCUAGAAAUGCGGGGCUUAAGCAUAUAUGCUGCGACUAUGUUUCCACCAUUUUUUGCUGGUGCAUCUUAUACUAAUUCCACUCAGAAAAACGGUGUAGAAUCCGUGACUUAGCUUUACCGCAUCAUGUACCAAUUUCUAUUACACCUUUGGUUCAUCUGAAUUGUUUCAACUCUACUACUGGUUAGCAUUCUCUUAGCGUAUUCUGUAAUUUCUUGUGGUUCUUGCUGAAUUUUAUUCAGCUCCUGGACU